AUGGACCCGCAGCUGCUUGUUCACCUCUUCGACACCUUCGGUGCCGACGGGCAGAGCAGCCAGCUGCCAUGGGGCAUCUCCGCAAGCGACAGUAUCGCCUUGGAGGCGCAGGGCGAUGGCAUUCGUUUCGAGUCGAACGGACGUGAGUGGCGGGUUUUGCAGGUGGGCACGGCCGAAGAUGAGAUGAACCUGCCGCCGUAUCGCGGCGAUACUCAGCUGCGCGAUGCCGCGCGGGUGCUGCCGCCGGUUUGCUGUGCUCCGCUUGUGUCAAGGUACACGCGUCUGCUGCGUGAUCCACGCUGGGAGGUGCGCCAUGUGCCGCGCAUGAUGGAGGCGAUGCUAAACGAUCGCGUGCUGUUCCACCUCAUGGACACGAGCCCGCUGUCGCCGCUGAGUGACUCGCGCGUGAGCGCCAUGACGCGGUGGUGGGGUGUCAUGGGCAAGCCUGUGCUGCGGUACGAGAACAACACAGGUAGGCCGCUCAUGUCCCUCAUUGACGGCUACGGCAGCCCUCCAUCUGCUUUCUCGGAUGCCGCGGAGGGCCGACAAGGUGCAGGGAAGGAGGCACGUCAGGAUCAGGCCUCAAGAAUCCUCGAUGAGCACCGCUCGUCUGCGCAGGAGGAGCAGAUCGGCGACACCGCUGAUUCUGCUGCCGCGGCAACGGCCACCGGCACGCGGAUGUCCCUUGAGGAGGUUCGCCAAGGCUACCGCGAUAUCAAGACAGUGCUCACUCUCAUCGCGGCGACCAGUGCGCCCUAUAGGUGCUCGCGACCGCCGAACGCGUCCGUAUCGGGGUGCACGGCACGGCUCGUAUUCUGCAAGGACCCGUCCACCAUCUACCUUGGGCUCCUGCUGAACUCCGCACUGCGCGGACUGCCGAGGAAGGUGCUGUGCAGCAUGUCCGUCUUCCGCCUUAUCGCUGAGGGGUGGGGCAGCUCGCCGGGCUUUGCCGAUAUCCUGCGCGCCUCCUGGGAGGAAUACAGCGACAUCAUGCGCGAUAUUCGCGCGCUGCUUGGCCUUCCGGAUCCCACGACGGAGACCCCAUCGCCCCCCUCUCUAGCGGCGUCGCCGUCGUCCUUUUCCUGCAUGUCAGCCAGCAGUGGCGCGUCCGCCGCAGCGCUGUCGCGGCAACAGCCGCAGUACCAACGGAGGGGUCGUCGUCGCCAGCUCCCGCCCAUGCACCUGCCGAGCCAGCACAGCGACAGUGGCGAGCAGGGCCGACAUCCGCGGUUGCAGCACCUCGGCCAGAGCACCGCUGGUGCGUCUUCGUCCGGCACAAGUGUCGGACCGUCCACUGGUGUCUCGUCCUCCGCCGCGAUGGUGCCGCACACGUCGCUGCGGCAGACGCGCACCACCGCUGGCGGCCGCAUGCAGGCUGUCGAGUUGGGCAUACCAAUUCAAAGUACUAACGGCGGCGGCGCGCGCGGCGUGGCCGAGGAGGCGCGGCAGAGCACCGGCAACAACACGGGCGACGUCAACGACUUUGUGACGGCGCUGCUGGGCAACGCUCUCCACUCCCUGAACGGCCUCCAAUUGCGCAGAAACACGGCAAACGGCGUCGGCGCCGCGCGAGGUAUAAUGGGGGCCGCUGGUGCCGGCAGCAGCAGUGGUGAAGCUGACGCCCCACUGGGCACCCACCCCGGCAUCAACGGCAACGAACACAACAGUGUGCCUUUCAAGACGGAGGACGCCAACGCGAUUUGCCACGAGAGCAUGCUGGAGUGUGCCCAGACACCGGAGUUGCUGCUCUGGUGGGCACGGUGCCGGCUGCUAGCGUAUCAGCUGCUGGACAACCCGUGUCGUGUGAGCGUCGAGUCCACAGGCGCACUGGAGUACUUUCGCGAGGUAUGGGCGUGUACGCCGCUGAUCCGUGAAAUCUUGGAAGAUGACCAAGAGGCGCUUCUCGUUGCCUCCCUCAGCUCGCCGCGGCUGUCGGGCGACGAGCGGGAGUCGGAGGAGAUGGAGGCGGAGCGGGCGUCGAAGCAGGCGCGGCUUGAGGCGCUGCAGGAGCGGGCUCAGCGCCUGUACGCCGCGCUGGUCGGUGCUGUUGCGGAUCUUUCAAAGUUCUGGUUUUCGAUCCGCGUGGCACAGUCCACCGUGAACGCGGUCGCGUCGAGUGCACCGGAGACGAACACUGUGUGGAGCAUCAUCAACGCCACGGUGCCGUCGCGGCGCCGCUUCCAGCGCGAGGAAUUCGCGACGUACGCCGAGCACUGGCAAUACGCGCUGCUGGUCGACGACUAUGUGACGCAGCCGAUGUGCUUUCGCGUGUCGACGCGAGGGCGGACGAUGGUGACGCAGCUGCUGCACAUCCUCGCCGAGUACCCCACCUUCUACCCCGCUCUUGUGGCGCGCACGUUGGCCAUGCUGAACCGGCGCGAGAUGAUCGUCGCGGAGCUCAACGAGCGCCUCGUCAACGCCGUGGCGCGAUGCCUCCGCUUCUACUUGCCGCCGAUGCCGCCCGUGCUGGCAGUGCCACCGGUGCAGGCUGCACCAACGAGCAUCCCUGCUUGCAACGCCACUGUAGCCGGCACAGCAGAGACGCAUAUGGCCCCGCGAGUCUCAUCGGCUGCCGUCGCGGACGUGACAGGCGCCAGCGCUGACAGGACCGCAGCUGCGACGCCUGUCACGGUGGCGCGAGCGCCCCCGCCUGACGCAGGUGCCUCGCAACGCUCGUGGUCUUCGCCGGAAGACUCCUCAUCCCACUCGUCAUCGUUCAGCAGCGAGCACGCAGAGGACGGAGCGGACGGAGACGUGGUCAGUGGCAGCGGUGGCGGCGGUGCCGCUGCUCAAUCGACCGCGGCGCCUUCCACUAGCGGCGGUGACGGUGACGCAUCGACGCGUGGCGGCAUCGACUACGAGGCCUUGGUUGUCGUCAGUGUCACGAGUGAGCCAGGCGACGGCGGCGGUGAUUGCGGGCGGCACGUGCACAACGGAAAGAGCUCGAUAGACGCCUCGUCGCGGCGGCGGAUGAGGGAGGAGGUGGCGAAGAUGCCUGUGAUCACAGUGAAGGCGUACGACGCCAUUCUAACGUGCCUCGACGUGCUGCGCAUGCUUGUCCGCAACGGGCACAUCUCCGUGAACCCGAUGAGCUUGCUGUUUACGGUGCCCACUGCCACCACCGCCUCAGCGGCGGCGUCUGCGUCGCCGCCAGCUUCCGUGGACCAGCAGGCUGACGGUCACACGGGCACUGGAGGCGCCGUGGGCUCGGAUGCAGCAGGCCACUCCCCUGUCGAUGCUAGCGCGGCGAACACUAGUGCCGGGCCGCUGUACGAGGCGUCGUUGCCCAAAUCACAGUGCGACCUCUACACCCUCCUGCACCAGCUCGUCUACCAGACUCGCUACGGCCCCCUUGCCAGCGCCGCCCUGCGUCUCUUCUCUGCCUGCGUGCACUACAAUGUGCGUGAUAUGGUUCCGUUGUUUGCCGAGCGUGGUCUGCUGAACACGGUGCUCGCCAUCGCGCGCCGGCCUCGCCUCUUUGCGGAAGAUGUAGCGACAGCUGCCGCUCCGCUGCGGUUCGCACUCGACAUGGUGGAGGAGAACGGCGUGCCGAACAUUGCGCGACGCGAACUCCUGCAGGCAAGCUCGACAUCGUCAGCGCCGUCCCCGCUGCUUAUUGCACACCCGUCGCCGGAGCUACUGGCGCGCUACGUCCCCGCCGAAGACGCCUACUUGAACGCCGUGGCGGUUCGCAUGGUGCUUCCAGAGUUUGUGGAGGCCAUGACGGUGCACAAGGCAACCCAUCGUGUCUUCUCGAAGCACACGGAGUGGAUCACGGCCCUCACGCAGAGUCUGACCGUGACGCCCGCGAUGUCUGCCGCAUCGCUGCUCGAUAUCGAGGCCCUGUUCGACGAAUCCGCGGAGGCGUGCAGCGAACACGAAGCAGAUGACAUCGAUAGGGGCGAAGAUGCUGCCAUUGGCGAGGACGAGGGAGGGUGCCAGGUGCCCUGCGACGCCCCCCUAUCGCCGUCCGAGUCACCGGCAUCGGUGGCACACCACGUCGACCCUGUGCAGCAGCAGCAAGGGAACUACCACUCCCCGCAGCAGGGUCGUCAACAUGGGCUACUUCGCUGCCGAAGCAGCGCCGCCUACGCACGGUUGCUUCAGGACUUGAAGACAACGCGGAGGAGACCUUUGGGUGCGUUUCCGGUGCCUGCAGCGCACUCGAGCACCAGCAGCACCGACAGCGUUGCCUCUCACGCGCGUCACAAUGAGUGGCGGCGCCUCCCGCAGCGCAUCGGCGGCGCUUCGCACUCGGCUGAUGCGAGCGCCCCGAUCGACGUCGUCCUUACACGGAUGGUCGAGCUGCAUCGCCUGCACCUCAAGCGCGAGGAGGUGAGCUACAAAACCCUGCAGGGUGCCGUGAAGGAGACGCAGCGGGUGCUGACGGAGGUGCUGCAGCCGUCGCCGCUCAUCACCAGUCGCUUCGCCCCAGCUCUGCGCGCGGAGCUUUCGCUGCUAAGUCAGCGGGCGCACGCGUUUGCGCAGGCGGUGCGUGCCAGGGCUACUCACCCGCACCCGUUUUCCGGGAGGACCGCGGACGGCGAUGAGGUAGCCGUGGCCGGCCAGUCUGCUGUGGCCCCUGCAACGAGCGGCAGCGGCGCGGGCCCGCGCACCCGUGCCGACCACCUUCAUCUCCUCGUCCAGGCCAUCGAGGUAUGCCGCACGCUGAACAACUUCUUUGCCUUCUUCUCUGCGUUGGACUGGGACGGCCACCAACGCCGCUACCGGCUGAGUCGCCGCAGUGCGGAGCAGCAGGCCAGUCAGCAGGAGCUGGCGAUGGUGCUGGAGUCCACCGUGCGUGAUUUUCACGUGGCAGUGAACCAGCUGUGGUCUUUGAUGGGGUCGCACGCACCGCUGCAGCUGCGCGACACGGACGCCGCGGAGGCGAGUGGCUCCACCACCGCCGCUGAGGACAAGGAGAGGCAGGCAGCGCAGGACGAACGCGACGCCACCGACCGACGUGGUCAUACUCUGCUUACCUGCGCCCGUCUAGGUAACCCGCUGCAGGUGUACGAGCAGGGAAACGCUGACGGGGCCAGCUCGCUGCUAAGCUACGUCCAGGCCACCAUUGGCUCCUACCUCCACGCCCGCAUCUUUGGCGACUACCUCCGCAGCGCCCCGCCGUCGACGCGGAUGGAGACAACGCUCAAGUCGACGGUGCAGUGCAUCUUGCACUUCUCUUCGCGUGACUUCAUUGGCGCGCCGGAGGUGGUGAUGGCCCGUGACAGCGGCACCGACGGCAGUGGUGGUGGUGGUGGUGGUGAGGCCAUGACCGACUCGGAGGGCGCCAUGUCAAAGACGAUGCGGCGCCGCUGUUUGAAAGCUAUGAAACGCGUGCUGGAAGGCUUGGGCUCGGAGGCACAGCGGCAUAGCUCGAACGACUCGAUGCAGCAGCCUCCAAACGGAGCGGGGGAGACUGCGGGGGAGGGCAGAGGCGACGACGUGGAUGUCCGCAACGGUGCUCAACACAGCGCUCACGAGGCCGCUUCAGUGGAGAGAGUGUACUACCACACCUCGGAGUCGCCUUGCAAGGAUGUCAUCUCCUCCGUGCUGCGGCCGCUGAGCGUCGGCGAUGGAGUCUUCCUGCGCCAGCUGCUGGAGGCGUGGCGUGUGUCGACGUCAGGUUCCAGCGGGAGUGGCGGAGGCAGCAACGGCCCCGGACGCCGCGACAGCGAGGCGACGCCGUGGCGGAGUGUCUUCAGCGAGGUCAUAGAGUUCGUCGUGGACGCGCUCGUGGUGCGUGCCUCGUACACGGCGGACGAUGUAACGGGGCUUCUGCGCAGCUUGCAGGCUGGAACUCAGCACAGCAGCGUUUCCACGGGCAUCCUGUCUCUCUACGAUCGCAACGCAGAGGCAGGCACCACCAUCGCGCCUGCGAUUCCCGCGGCGCUGCCGGCGGCGAUGAGGGGCCGCAGCGGCAGCGAGGAGGAGACCGGCGCCGAGGCUGGAAUGGAGGCCAGUGACCAGAUUCUUCAGUCGAUGCUGCAGGACGGCCGCAGCCUGCUGAAUGAGCCGUCGACGGCGUGGAUGACGGCAGAGGCCUGGGUGCAGGCAACUACGUCGGCGGUAGGCGCGGCAGCGGCCGCCGCAGGAGAUGAGCCAUCGCUAGGCUCCAGCUCGGCUGCAGAGGUGCCACAACAAGCGGAUGCCGGACCAGUGGCGCGUGCAGAGGCAGCAGCUGCUGGUGGCGCUGCUUCUGCAGAGGCGCUGCCGCACUCCGCCUUCUCAAUCGUUGUGCCAUCUGUGCUGGCGAACCCCCACGCAAGAGGCAGCGGCAGCCACGGCGGGAUAAGCCGCGGCGCCGACUCCGAAGACUCCGUUGACAGCAGUACAACCCUGUCGUCUUCGCCGCCGACGUUGACGCCGCCGACGGCGCUCGCGACCGACGCGGUCGGUGAUACAGCCGCUGUGGAAGGGCUGGCCGGGUCCGCUGACGGGGUUGGCAGCGGCGGCAGCGGUGCUGGAGGUGGUGGUGCUGCUACUGCUGCCUCUGCGGCCGCCGCGGCGCCGCUCACAACACCGCUCUUCGCCCCUAUCAACGCAGCGAAGGCCCUGCAGCAGUGGCUGUUCCUCUCGCUCUUCACUGGCCGCCGCGCGUCGGAUCAGCCGACGCGCAAUUUCUUCUACUUGUCUCCGUACCGACGCGACGGUCAUGCGCGGCCGGCACUGCCGCUGAACGUCACAGGGCUCCUGCGUACGAUUCGGAACGACUUGCAGGCCGCCUUUGAGGAUGCCGUGCGCGGUGCCAGCGCUGACACGGCCAACCUGAGCCCCACUCCCGGCGACGGUGCCGAGGACGAGCCCACGCGGCAGCUGCACUCGUCGCGAACGCGAGCGAAGCAGCGCAACUCUCACGACUCAGAUGAGGAGGAGGCGUCCAUCGUAGCAGACUUGCAGGAGCGCUUGCACAUGUUUCGUCCACAGCCGCGUCACGAGAACCGGGCAGGAGCCGCGGCGAGCAACAGCGGCGGCGGAGGCAGGCAUGCCGCACUCUCCUCCGCACGUGUGCACGCGGCGUGCGAGUGGUUCGACCUGGACCCGCGCGAGCUGGCCGCAGUGAACCUACCGAGCUGCGUAAACGUGGAGGCGUGUCUAAGUGAGAUCAACUUUGUGGCAGCCCGCCGCGUGCUGUGGGAGCUGGCGGUGCUGGGCGCUGUAUGCACGGGCGGCAGUGGGGCGGCGCCAGAGUUAGAGAGCACGCCACUGCACGACAUGCUCUCCCGUGCAGCGCAGUUUAUGAUCCUCCUCUCGCGCCUCGUCUUUGCGGGUGAUGCGGAGUCGGCGAAGCACGCUUCAGCAGCAGCUGGUGGCGGGUCGCUCACCUCCGCGACGACGCCGGCAGCCGUGUCCCUCUCACCGGCCGCGGCAGCACUGAAGGAUCAACUGCAGCGGUGCCUUGUGUACAUGGCGGUGCUUCUUAUGAACUUCCUCGAGGGCUGCGACGCGCGGACGCGAGGGCGGCACUGCACCCACGUCGAGUCGCUCCUCUACUGCGUCCUGGAUGUGUGGCCGAAGCUGCCGGGGUUUCCGAUGGUGCCGCACGUGUACGUGGCGGCAAUGGAGGCGGUGGCGCAGCUCAAGCCGGAAACUCUAAGCCGUAUGUCCUUCCAGGCGCUGGCACGCGAGUGGCAGGACGGUGCGGCAAAGCCGGCGUCAGCGGCCACGACUGCUGCGGCCACUGUCAACAUGGACACGUCCCCCCGUGUGCCGUCACCCCAGCCGAGAGAGCAGGAGGGGACGGCGGCAGGCGACGACGACGACGAGGAGGAGGGCGGGGGCAGCGACGUGCAGCGCAGCAGCGCCGAAGAGGCACGCACAACCAUCGCCGGCGACGGCAGUCGUCGCUUCAACCAAUCACCAUGGGCCCGCGCUGGACUCCUGAACAACGGUCGCGUCGGGGCGCCGUCUCCCGGCUCGGGCCCCAUGCAGGAUCGCUUCGGUCAGUAUGUGACGCGUCUGCAGCAGUCACGGCGCUCGCAGCUCGGCGCACCGCUCUCUGUUGCGCAUGAGUGGGGGCGUGCGCUGCCGUGGGUGUGUGAUGUCGCAGCGGGUCGUGUCUUCCCCUUGGACACACUGAGCGAGACCGGGCAUCGACUCCUGCGCAAGCGCGUGUGCCGAGCACUGUGGGGCAUGUGGACGGGCACGAACGCGGCCGAGCAGCAGUACGUGGUGGCCUACAUGCUGCACCGUGUGCUCUCUAACGUGCGCGAGAAUGUUGUGUUGCUCGAGUACGUUGGCGUGCUUCUGACGCAACUGCGCGGCGUCGUUCUGGUAGAGGCCCUUGCGUUGACCCCGCUGCCACGUGCCAUCGUGAAGGUGGUACGUCAGGCCAUCGAGGAGGUGACCGCAGAGCAGCAUGAGGAGGAGGCGCGCCAGCAGGCGCUGAGCGGCGCCAGGGCUGGUGCAGCUGCGACAGCGCAGCGCGAGUUCCGCCAGCGCCGCCGUCGCUACUACGCCCGUACCCAGAUGACGCUGCACGGCCAACUUGUCAGCUUCCUGAGCGUCUUCCAGAACGUCCGCAGCGACGCUCCGUUGGUCGCCGAUCCGUUGGCCCGCACGGCUGCCACGGCGCCGCACGUGCAGGCGAUGGGAACGCAGUGCAGCUACUUUGACGCCACGCGCAACACGUUCUGCUGGAGUGGCCACCAGUGCCACCGCCAGCACAUCGUCCCCGUGAAUGGGCAGCGUGGGCGGGACGGGGAGGAGCACCGCUUCGGCCUGAACACGUUCGGCCCGGGUACACAGCAUGCACUUGACGAGGUGCUCUCGGUGCUGGAGCACCACGGCUUCCCAUGCCCACUGACAAUGCCCGCCACCGCCACCGCCACUGCCGCACGGGGCGCGACCAGCGCUGCGGGGGCGGCGUCAGAGGAGAAGGAGGCGGAGGUGGCGGAGGCGGAGGGGCAUGCUGCCAUGCGCUCGCACGCCUCUUCAGCCGCCAGCGACCCGACACAGAGUACUGGGCAGCCACAGGCGCACCAGCCAUCGCAACGAGUGGUGCGGUUGCCCAUGUCGGGGGGCACUGCCGACCCCAACACGGUGCCGAGCCGCCCCCAGAAUGCAUACGAGGUGGAGCGACGCACUUGGCAGGGCGACCGGGCACGGCGGGAGCGGCUCAGCACGAGAGGCUACGCUCCCACCGCUGCCCACGGCAACAGGGGCGAUGAGGGCAGCAACGCCAACCGAGAUGGCGCGAGUGCAGAGGUUGGCGAGCGCGCAUUGCCGUCGCAAGCAUCUUUGGCCACGGCGGAUGCCAUGGGACCGGAGAGCUACCAGCGGCUGCUGCGAGGCGAGGGCCUGCCGUGGCUGCCCCUCUCCGCGCGACCUGCGCAAUCGUCGUCGUCGUCGCUGCAGCAGCUCCGUGGCGGCCUCAGCGGUCCGCGCGACUUGGACUACGGCGGCGACGACAUGGACGAGGAGGCCCAGGGCAUGUUCACUCACCUCACCGGUGCCUUUGGCGGUAGCCGCCGCGAACGGUCACCGCUGCGGCACCGCCUUCUUAAUCCGCUCACCAGCGCCGACUUCCGCGCCGAUCCGCUGCGGCGCACCAUCAUACCGCACUGCGCCCUGUUCGGCCGCGACGUAUGCGAGGAGGUGGUGCGCAUGGCAUUCGACUUCAUGGCCGCCCGGCUGCGCGACGAGGCGGCCGACAAGGCAGACGCGGAGGCGGGCAAGAGGGAGCAGCAGCAGCAGCAUCAGCAGCAGGGCAGCACCGGCUGCAUCUCGUUGUCUGCGCUCUCCGGCAACAUCCGCUCGCUAGAUGGGGUCCUUUCGACCUCCCCGCAGUUUCCGUCGUCGCCGGUGGCCUCGCCUGUCUCCACCGCCGCGCUGCCCUUCUCAGGAGUUCUACCGGCCUCUGCUGCUACCCCCGUCACCACAGCGAAGGUGGUGGCGGCGCGGCUCACUCUCCCGCGUGUGGAGGUGGUGGAGUGCGCUGUUGACGAGGUGAUGGUGCACUUCCUGCUGACAUGCUUCUCGACUUAUUACACCACGUGCAUGCACCUUGUGCGCACCCACCGCCCGGCGGGGCUACCCGCCCCGCCAGCGGCCACAUAUACGGCUGCUGCAAGGUCGAUGGCGCCCGCAUCAAGUCGCGAUGCGUCGGCUGAUGCCACCAGCGGCUGCGCCGACUCGCUCUCGGUGCUGUGUGCGUACAUCACCCACAUCGAUCCCCCGAACCGCGAGAAGGCCGUGCUGCUGAGCGGGCUGCUGCUGACUGACAUGCUGCGCCUUGAGGAGGACGUGUGGCAACACAUGGUGACGGUGCUGCGGACCACCGUGCAGGUGCAUCGCAAGGGGCGGCGGCUGACCGACAAGGCGUACGCCGCACUGUCGGCCCAUCACCUGCGGCUCACGCGUGCGUCGGCGAACACGCCGGUGGAGCCGUCUUCUCCCUCGCGCGAGGAGGGCAGGGCGACUGCAGCGACAGCACGGAAGAGCUUCAGACAUCGGAAACCCCGCAGUCAGGCGCAUGUGUGUGUGUCGUCAACGAACAGCACGCCACACCAAGCACCCUCAUCGCAGCUUGCAGAGUCAGCGGAGCAGGAGGAGCUGCGCGCCGACGGUGGCGCUGCAGGGGCGGCGAAUAACGGUGACGCCGAGGCCGCCAUCGCCGUGCACCACUACCUCAUUCCCAUCAGCAUCUUCCUCGCAAACCUGGAGCCCUACAUCAUCCGCCACCCUAUAGCCUUCUACCACGCAUUCCGUCGCUACUGCGAGGUGCGGUGGGUGCGCGCGGCGACGGGCGAGAUGCCGGCGGCGUGGCUGGGGGUGUGGGUGCGACCGCGGCCCCCGGCAGCAGGUGCUACUGCCGCCGGAAGUCGUGGCCACAGUCCUCGUGCGGCGCGUCGACCUCGCUGUGGUGCGGCGUCGACGCCGUCACGCGACUUUGUGGAGCGGGUGCAGUGUUUUGUGCAGCACCUUGCCCGCAAUGUCGAUGCUAGCCAAGGGCGCGCCACGCACGGCGCCAGCAUGCUUGCCGUCGUGGUGCAGCUUCCAGGCGUGUGCGAAGCGCUGCUCUCCCCUAACUUUGAGGUGCCAGUACCGGCCAUGUACGCGGAGCUUCUCACGUCUACUGCUGGCGCGCGUGGCACCCCUGUCAGCUCUGCUGAGGCGUUAGCUGCCACGGCUGUCCUCAGUGGAGAGGGAGAAGGCGGGCCUGCCACAUCCGUGUCGCGGCGGCUGCCUGUCAUCGCUGUGCCGCCCUUUCUCGCCCUCGCGCUGUACUUCUGCUCCGCACUUGGGGAGGCGGGUCGGAGCAGCGGCGGCGGCGGUAGUGGUGGUGUUGGCGGCCACAUCACCGGCAGCGUGGACUUUGCGACCGCCAUUUUCGCGCAUGACCCGAUCACCGUAUCAGAGGUGGUUGUGCGCACGCUCAGCUGCCUCGUCGCGGCGGUGGAGGCGACCGCCGUUGGGACGACACCGGUGGCGGAGGCCUCGCCUCAGGCCGUCGCGGGUGCUGACAACGACAACGCCGUCGGCAGCGAUCGAGAUGGAAACGAGGAAGUCGUGGCCGCGUCUACACGCGACGGCCUCGCAGAAGCAGCAGCAGCAGCAGCGGCGGCAGCGGCGUCGGCGGUCCCUUCGCCGGCGGAGGAGAGAGAACCGGCUGUUCAGCAGCAGCAGGUCGAGGGAAAGGAUAGAGCUCGAUGCGCAACGAAGACGCUCACACGUUGCCUGCACGAUGUGCUGUGCUUCUUGGAGCGAGGCAGCCCGCAGCCGGCGACGGCGGCUCUGCCAGCCCGUCAGCGGGCAACUCAGCAGCGGAUGGGCGUCAGCAGCGCUGUGCAGGAGUCGUUCCUACGCUUCUUCGACCACCUUGGCCGCCUCGGUCUUCUUGAUCUGCUGUUUCGCGUGUGCUUGCUGCAGUCAUGCGAGCACGGCCGCGAUGCAACGUCGCUGCUGCAGCUGCUCGCGCAUCAGCUGCUCGCCUUGGGCGAGUUCAAACUGGCGGAGAUGCUGUCACCGUCUCAGAAGCGGUACGCGGCGCAGCUGCAGGACAUGCAGCAGCAGCAGCAGCAUCGGCUGCCGCGCGGGUUGUCGAGGACGAGUCUGUGGUUGAGCCAGGGUGGUGUCUCUGCCUCCUUGCGCCGCCCCUACCCUGGUUUACAUGGGCCGGAGCUUGCGAAUACGAUGGACUGGCCGCCGUCCCAGCUGCGAGGUGCGGCCGAGCCACCCGGCCUGCGUCAUGCCUUCGACCACCUGGAGGCGCUGCUCGCGCGUGACACGAUUCGCAGCGGCGGCGAUGGCGCCGUGCAAGUCGCCGACAACGUGCUCGAGAUCACCUCGAGCUUUACAGGUGAGCACGGCAUGGGCGCCGAGGUGCCGGACGCGAAUGGGCUGCACGCCUUUCUCACCUUUGAGGAGGAGCAGGAGGAGGGCGACGGCAACGAGAGUGGCGACGGCAACGAGAGUGGCGACGACGACGGUGACGGUGACGACGGCGCGGAUAGCGGCAUCACCGAAAGCGGCAGCGGAUUCGGUGAGCGUGCGGGACAUGACGGUGCAGCGGCGCGGCCCGCGGCGCCUAAUGGUGUCGAGAGCACCGACACGUGGCCUCCCAUGCACCCGGUGAGGCGCGCUGGUGGGAUGCGGUCCGUUCAGAACAACAGCGGCGGCAACGAGGAGGAGCCGAGUGUGAGCGCGCAGGGUAGCGUGCAGCAGCGGCGCUCUCCACCGCAAGUGCUGUCCUCGCCGCCCGCUAUGGUCGGCGCGGCUGUCCCACGCAUGCCGGAAGGCCCGCAGCAAGCGUCUUUGGUGCCGGCGCGCGACGAUGUCGUCCGCGGCGGCCUCAGCGACGAGGAAGAGCACCGCCAUCGCCGCCACGCAGUGGCGCUGGCGACGUAUGAGGAAGCGGUCAUACGCUCACUGCGCGCCGAAGAGGCCGUGGGGCGUCACCGGCGACGCCGGCACGACGACGAAGACGACGCAGAGGAGGCGGUCGAAGAGGACGAGGAGGGCGACGACGAAGACUACUUGAGCCCCGACGAGGAGGGCGACGAGGAAGACGACAACGCCCUCUUUCCCGAUGAUAUGGUCGACGACGGCGCCGACAUGGAUGGGGACGGCGACGUGGAGAACCUGUACCGCAGCCAGCCGGAGAUGUCCGGCUUCUUUGUGCCGUCCCCGCUGAGCUCCCCGCGGGCGGCCGCGGGUGGCGGUCGACACCGCAGGGAAGAUGACGACGACGACGACGACAGCCACGCCGGGGAGGAGCACGCAGGCAGUGACGGCGACAACGGUGAGGACGACGACAGCACCCCAGACGACGACGAAGACGAAGAAGAGGAGACGUACGAGGAAGAUGACGAUAACGACGACGACGAUGACGCGUCUUUGUACUACGACGGCGCGGGGCACUUGCUGUCGGGGAGGGACCACCUCGAGGAUGCUCUGUUGGACAUGCAUUCGCCGGAGAUGGCUGCCGGCGGCGGCGACUCUAGCGCCUUGCGCCAUGGCUUGGCACAGCAGACGGCUGGCAGCCUCACAUACCUCAACGACGACCCGGUUGGGCGCCCCGUAGCAGCGGCUACAGCGAUGGAGCGGGCACAAAGUUUUGCAGCGUGCACUUAUCGCGCCAUCUUGCUGGCAGUGCGCCCGCUGGCGGCUCACAACGUGGUGGAGACGGAGACGCCGCCGCUGCCGGUGCUGCACGCCUUCGAGGAGGAGGCGCCGGCGGCAAGCCGGCAUAGUGGCGACGGCAAUGACGGCAGCGCCGACCUGGCGUACCGGUUAUUGGCGGAGGUACACCAGCGUAGCGUUGGCACCACCAACGACUCUGGCAGUCCUUCCCCUCAGCAAAAUUCUGCCACGUUGCGCGUCACUAACACCGUGACACCGACGUCCUCGUUGCAGCAGCCGCGGCGCCGCCCGCUGUCGUCCACCACUUUGCCGUCGCCCUUCUCAGCGGCGACUGGGGCGGAGAACACCCCGAGCGACCAGGUCAUGCGUCGCGGACGCGACUCGCGCUCGCCUUUGGAUGCCACAGCGCCAAGCACCACGACCCAGGGCGCAGCUGCCGCCGCGAGCGCUUCGCUCGAUGCGACGUCUCCCACGACCGCUGGCACGUCGCAGCGACCAGCAGCCGAGGCAGGCAACACAGCAGGCGCGGCGGAGGUACCGACAGAGCCAACCACAACCAGCGAGGCUGAUACAAGUAUCGACGUGCUCACCGCACGCAUCCUGGCUCUUUUCGCGGCGGGCAACGCCAACGCCCACACCGCUUCCUCGGCAGAGCCACUACCGCCGCAGGCUUCCGCGGAGAGAGCAUCCGCUACGUCGGAGCAGCCGACGAACACAGCCGCGGCAACUGCCGCUACGCCGGCGCCAGCGCCAGUAGCGGCACCAGAGCCGUGGGAGGGCACCCUCAACCCGCAGUUUCUGAUUGAGAUGCCCGAGGACGUCCGCAGCGAGAUCUUGUUCGACAGCAUGAACCUGCUCCGCGGCGCCGACGAGCGUGAGGUGCGAGGGCAGCGCACACGUCUGUACCCGGGAUUUCUGAAUUCGAUACCGGAGGAUGCGCAGCGGCACGCUUUGGAGGUGGAGGCGCGGUGGGUGCGGGUGACAGGCACCGACAACAACGCCAGCGAGCUUUACCAAACGCUGCUCCUCGUCGAUGCCGAGACACGCCGCGACCUGCUGCUGCAGUGCGACCUUGAGCUUCUUCGCUCCUACCCUGAGGUGCUGCGGGAGGCGACGGAGUUGCGCGCCGAGGUGGAGCGGGCGCGCGAGGAGGCUGAGCAGGCCGCGCAGCGCGAGCAGGAGCGGCGCCAGCACCAGCGCGCGCAGGCAGAGCAACUGCAGCAGCAGCAGCAGCAGGCGAGCCAGCGCCAAUCGCGCUUGUGGAUGCUGGGUGCCUGGGAUACCACGCGGGACGCAAGGGGCAGCGGCGCAACAGCGGCGGCGACGGCAGCGACCGUUGCGUCCGGCAUCCGCACCAGCUUGCCGGCUCUGCGGGACAUGGAGACGGUCGAGGGGGUCAUGCGAGUCAUGUUUGGUUCCCCCACCCCGCUGUACGAGGUGGUGAACCACGAACUCUUCUUGGCACGCCGGCUGUACCGGUGCGAGGCGGUGCUGCAGGCACUCGAGCCGCCGACGUCUUCGUCCAUAUCGCACUCCAUGAGUCUGUACCCAGACAGAGCAGCGGAGGUGAGCGCCACCGGGCUCAUGCUGUCGCCGCUGCGCGACGAUGAUGCGAUGCGUGAGGUCAUGAUGUUUAACCACCGGCAUGGUGUGCACCGUGGCGCCAACGCAAUGACGCGCCGCGCUCCGCCACGCGGUGCCCCGAUGGCAGCUGCCAGCGGCACCGCCGGCGCGGGUCACUACCAUCUGCCGCAGUUUCCGUCGUUGCAGCUGCCACCGUCCGCGGACUUGGUGGCAUCCGACUCGUCUGUGUCACCACUGUCCCCGCCACCGCAUACGCUGCCGAGCGAUGGCGGUGGCGUCUUUGCCGCCGAGCGCUCCGCCUCCGGGUCGCACGCGGCGGCGGCGCCGUCGACGUCGCUCGCAGCGCUGAGUGAGUCCAUGGUGCCAGUGCAGGAAACAUUGUACCACCCGCUCGCCCUUCCCUUACCUGAUGUGCCAGAGGAGAUUGUUGCUCGCUGCAUCGAGCUGCUACGGCUGCGGGCGACGGCGCCGCUGGCGCUGCCGUGCAACCUGCUGACGGGCAUCAGCUGCCUGGAUCAGGAGCUACAGCGCUUCAUGCAGGUGCUCAUCUCCGACACAAGCACGGCGGUGCGAGUUGCCUGCCAACUGCUGGACUUGAUGGCAGCCACGCCGACGACGACAGCAGAGGAUGCGCUGCCCGACAGCGCCGCUGGCUUCGGCAGGUCUGCCACCGCUACCACCAAUGCCAGGGCCGCCGCUCGCGCGUCACCGUCCACGCCCGCGACGUCUUCGUCCCACUUCUCGCGCCCAUUGUCGACGAGCGAGCUGGCCGCGAACCGGCAGUUCAUCAAAGACGCCACGACGCUCUUCGUGUCCCUCGUGAAGCAGAACCAAGCCAUGGUGUCCGCCUUUUUUUUGUUACCUGAUAACACUGUCGACGCCGCCACUCUGAAACCGCUCGACGCUCCGCUUGACGCGGCUGAGCAACGCGCGGUGCAGCACGGCCUGUGGAACCGACUGUGGCGAGUCGCGCGGCAGCACGUGCACGUGCCCAGCUUUGCGCUGGCACUGGACAAACUGCUGCAGCAGCUUCUGCGCUGCCAGCGCUCCAUGUCCACCGCCUCCGAGGACAACGAGUUGGCCAGCGGCGCCGACCCCAACGCCAGCGAGCUGCUCACAGAGACUCUCAUCGCGCACCCGCGGCAUCCGCACCGACUUCGGUGGACCAACAUCCGCCUCCUGUCCAACUACGAGGACGGCGGCUACGUGUGCAACGUGUGCGGCGUCAACCCGGGGUUUGAUUACUGCUUCCACUGCUCCUCCUGUCAGUUUGACCUCUGCGCCAACUGCUCGCGCGAGCGCCUGACGCUCGCGGAGAUGCAGCAGCGCAUGCGGCGGGCGGCAGCCCUCAUGCUGCAAAACGUGCCAGAGACGGUCACCUCGAUGAUGCGACUGCUGCGACACCCGCUCUGCCGGUCCGACGUUGCGAUGAACGUGGUGCAUCUCAUGUCUUUCGGUCUGCAAGAGUGCGGGGCUCGUGAGAGCGUCAGCUUGUUCUCUGGUGAUGCCGCCGGUGCCGGCAGCGGCGGCGUCGGUUCUGCGACGGCCGGGCCACCUUUUCUACACUCCGCCUCCGGAUCGCUGCACAGCGGCACUGGCAGUGCACGGGUAAGUCCCAUUCAGCUCCUGGAGCAGGAGCUUGUCGAGCUGGCCGACGCCAGGGUGCGCGCGUUGAAGGCGGCGCGAGACGAGUUCCGCCAGGAGGUGUACGUGAUCCUGCACCCGAGGCCCAGCAGCAACGGCCAUAAUGCCGGGGUCGGCCUGGCUGCGUCUGCCCCGACGAGGUCGCAGUCGGGCGGUGGCACGAACGUGAGCGGGCUCUCUGGCCGCCACACAUGGCAGCAGCUGAGCAUCCCAGAGGGCUAUGUAUUCGACACCGACACUGUCAUGGCGCUUCUUGUCAAGCUCGAUAUCAAGAACAGCGAAGGCGACGCCAUCCAGCUGCUCUUCGAGCCCUACGUGGCCACCAUGCGCUCCGAGCCACGCGCCUUCACCAUGCUGUGGCGGGCAAGCCAGGCGUACCUUCUCGACGUGUCGACGCUGCUGGAGCACGUGGCACCGAAAGAGGUCCUUCCGCUUCCCUCGUGCGUCUCAUCCAUCCUCCAAACUUUCUGCAAGUACCACCUGAGCGAGUCACGGCUGCUCGGCGCCUCUUCCAGCGCACGCACCCUGACGGACAGUCGCAGCAGCUUAGCUGGAGAGACGGAGCACUUCCUGCACGCCUCGACGAAGCCGUCGUCCGUGUCGGACCGCGCGGUGCGCGAGUUGGCAGAGCGACCGGAUGCUGCGCAGUGGAUGACGGCCGCCGGCACGCGGCUGUCCGAAGAAGGGCUAAAGAGCUCCGAGGAGCUGCAGCACCGUCGGCUGCCGCGUGUGGUGCGGAUGGUGCUAGAGGAGAACCGCACGACGCUGAACACGCUCCUGCACUGGGAUGGCAAUCUCUUGAAGGACAGCUUUGCCUUUCUCAAGUACGAGCCGAACUUGAUCGACUUCAACUUCAAGCUGACGGACUUCCGGCGGCGGCUGGGCUCGCGGCGUGGGCCGAACAUUCUGCUGCGCGUGAACCGCCAGACUUGCCUGCUCGAUAGCUUCAAGGAGCUGCAGAAGGUUAAGUCCUUUGGCGGCCAGUUGCACAUCCGCUUCCAUGGCGAGGAAGGUGCCGACGCCGGCGGCCUGACGCGGGAGUGGCUGCAGCUCCUCUCCGAGGCCAUUGUGGACGAGAGGUACGCGCUCUUCAUCCACUCGCAGGAUAGCAUUUCCUUCCAGCCGAACCCGUUCUCCAGCGUCAACCCGAACCACCUCGAGUACUUUCAGUUUGCGGGCGUCGUGACAGGGCUGGCGAUCGCGCACAACGUCCCCAUUGAUAUCCACUUCACGCGUGCGUUCUACCGGCACAUCAUUGGCCACCGCCCUGUCUUCGCCGACCUGCAGAGCUUCGACCCAGAGCUGUACACAAACCUCAACUGGAUCAUGGAGAACGACGUCACAGACCUUGGCCUGACCUUCGCCGUCAACUACGAUCGCUUCGGCUCGGUGGAGGAGGCGGAGUUGGAGCCGAACGGCCAGAACACGGCCGUGACGAACGCGAACAAGCAGCAGUAUGUCCGCCUCCUGUGUGAGUUUUAUAUGACCAAGCGCACGGAGGAUCAGCUGCUGCGCUUCCUGAAGGGCUUCUAUUCGGUGAUCCCCCGCCGCGAGAUCCAGUGCUUCACGGAGAAGGAGCUGGAGCUGGUCAUCAGUGGCAUGCCCAACAUCGACGUCGAGGACCUGCGCACGCACACCGUGUACGAGGGCUACAGCAGCACGUCGCCGCAGGUGCGCUGGUUCUGGGAGGCGGUCGGCUCCAUGAGCAAGGAGGACCUGGCAAACCUUCUGCAAUUUACGACCGGUUCGUCAAAGGUGCCACACGGCGGCUUCGGCCAUCUCGAGGGAUCGAACGGCCGCUCGCUGCCCUUCACGAUCAGCCGCUGGGCCGUAACCAAGGAAGACCUCCUGCCGCAGGCGCACACGUGCUUCAACAAGAUCGACCUGCCCGUCUACCCCUCAGCUGCGGUGCUCAAGGAAAAGCUGAUGCUGGCGAUCACGUACGGUAGCAUGGGCUUCACGAUGGUGUAG